GCAUUUCAUAGUGAUUCCAAACUUCUGAACUGUGUAUUUAUUUUAUUAGUAAUGAUUAAAAGUAAAAUACUAUCCUAUUUUAAUACAUAGGCUAUAAAAUACAUAAAAUCACUGGUCGUGAUAACAGACUCAUGAAUCUUUGUGCGCCACUUUUUGAAAGAAAGAGGAAGUUGAAGCGCGUUGCAUUGUGGGAUGUGGAAUCCAAUACAUUGCGUUUUAAAUCGUAUUACACUGUAAAGGGUGAACGUGCUUUAAUAAUGACUACCACUAAACUGAGUGAAUAAAGAACAAUCAUCUGGAGGCGAAAUCUAAAUUAUUAUUUUUUGCAACCUUGCAAUUUUCCGCCGUUAUGAAAUACAAGAGCAUCUCAUGUGACCUGAUGUGAGCUGCCGUCAUCUAGAUGUAUGAAUCUGUUCUGGACAUUUGCACAAUUUAGGAACUGUUUUGGAUCGCCAAACUUUGGAGCUUUUAAAGGUGUUGUUGGAGUCUGACAUUGCCUUUUUCAGGUGCGGUUAUUUUUACGUAGCUCCAUUCUGCUCUUGAUUCCAGGAACUUGUCGUUGGAUGUGUAAAAUGCUGAAUGCUGCAGCAGCCGACAGAAAUAAGGACCCGAUCCUUGAGGUAUUAAAAACCAGAGUGACAUCAGACAGGCAUCUGGUCGCUUUGGAAAUAUCUUCUGGUACGGGACAGCAUGUCAUUCACUUUGCCAAAGCAUUUCCGAACAUUAUAUGGCAGCCGUCUGAAGUUGAAGCACAGUCAAUAUCGAGUAUUGAAGCAUAUAGACAGUAUCAUAGGCUGCAGAAUGUAAAGCCACCCAUCUAUCUUGAUGUGUCUCAGAGUUGGGAGAACUGGGGUGGAAUUCAAGCUGAGUCAUGUGACCUCGUCGUGAACAUCAACAUGAUGCACAUUUCACCUCUGGCCUGCACAAUGGGUUUGUUCAAUGGUGUUGGAAAAAUACUGAAGCCCCAAGGAUUGCUUCUGACUUAUGGGCCGUAUGCUUUCAAUGGAUCGAUUACUCCUCAGAGCAAUGUUGACUUUGACCAGAGCUUGAGAUACAGAAAUCCAGACUGGGGUCUAAGAGAUGUAUCAUUACUGACAAAGCUAGGCCAAGAAAAUGGACUGCGAUUGGAGGGAAUUGUUGACAUGCCCGCCAACAACAAGUGCUUGUUGUUUCACAAGGACAGUGUGGUUUGAUAUAAUAUCGGUUUUGUCACACUAUAUUUGCAUAUGUUUGGACCCUGGACUCUACAGUGUUAUAACGAUUCAAAGAUACUGAAUAAUACAAAGGCUUUGCUUAAAUUUGUCAUCAUUACAUUCUUGGCAAAGAUGUGUUUUUGCAAGAUGUAUUAAUGUGGAUUUAAUUCAACGAAAGAAAUAAUAAUGCAGACAAAUAUGUUUUAAAAAGAUGUGUACUCACAUGAAAUAAAGAAUAACAACAUAAUACAACGUACAUCAUUCAAAAAUGAUUUUCAAUAUGCUGAUUCAUGGAAAAGUAAACUUUAAAGUGCCUGUGGUUUAUUGCAGGAUAUAAUGUUGAUAGAGCGAAAAUGUAAAUGUUUUAUUUUAAUCAAAUUGAUUAGUAAUAUCAAUUUACAAGUUUCAAUCGUAGUUGCAGUGGAUACCAUGCAGAAUAUUUCUAUGCCUGUAGUUAAAUAAAUGUAUGUAAAUUUUCACAUUUCAAGGCAGAAUAUUUGUGUCUAUUUGUUUGAAGUUUCAUGAUACACUAAUACAAUAUACAGUUAAUUGCUGCUCUUUAUGCAAUUGAAGAUGGAUAUCCUUGAUCAAUAAACAAUAUCAGUCUA